GAGGUGCGCUGUCCUUGUUUUGUCGCCUCUCUCUCUCUCUCUCUCUCCCCGAAAUUAUAGAUCCAAAACCCCAAAACUGCCUCCUUUCCAUCUCUCCAGUUGCCAUCUCUGAAGGAGACGGGUGCACUUCCAUUUGAUUUGAGGAGCUCUUCGCAGCGCCUACCGUCUCCCAGAUCUGGUCUUCGCGCCCAACUCCAACAGGUAUCCAUGAAGGGCAUUCUCACUCUUCAAAGGAUGGCUUUACUUCAGCGUCAUAGUCAAAGGUUGGUACGAGGCAGUAGAUUAUUCAGCACACAAGGUGCAACAACUGCCAGCACCCCACAGCCACCUCCGCCUCCUCCACCUCCCGAGAAAACCCAUUUUGGUGGCUUGAAAGAUGAAGAUCGCAUUUUCACCAACCUGUAUGGUUUGCACGACCCUUUUCUCAAAGGUGCCAUGAAAAGGGGUGACUGGUAUAGAACUAAAGACUUAGUCCUCAAGGGUGCUGAUUGGAUUGUAAAUGAAAUGAAGAAGUCCGGCCUGCGUGGACGUGGUGGUGCUGGUUUUCCAUCUGGUCUCAAAUGGUCUUUCAUGCCAAAAGUGUCCGAUGGCCGCCCUUCAUAUCUUGUGGUUAAUGCUGAUGAAAGUGAACCUGGAACCUGUAAAGAUAGGGAAAUAAUGCGGCAUGAUCCACACAAGUUACUAGAGGGCUGCCUGAUAGCUGGGGUUGGAAUGAGGGCUACUGCUGCUUAUAUCUACAUCCGGGGCGAGUAUGUGAAUGAACGUAAUAACCUUGAGAAAGCUAGAAAAGAAGCUUAUGCAGCAGGACUACUGGGAAAAAAUGCAUGUGGAUCUGGUUAUGAUUUUGAUGUACAUAUUCAUUAUGGUGCUGGGGCCUACAUUUGUGGUGAAGAGACAGCACUUUUGGAGAGCCUUGAAGGGAAACAAGGGAAACCAAGAUUAAAGCCCCCUUUUCCAGCUAAUGCGGGACUCUAUGGUUGUCCAACAACAGUUACAAAUGUUGAAACUGUGGCUGUUUCUCCGACCAUAUUGAGGCGUGGGCCAGAGUGGUUUGCUAGUUUUGGCAGGAAGAACAAUUCUGGAACGAAGUUAUUUUGUGUCUCUGGGCAUGUGAAUAAGCCUUGCACAGUUGAAGAGGAGAUGAGUAUUCCAUUAAAGGAGCUGAUAGAGAGGCACUGUGGGGGUGUUAGAGGUGGAUGGGAUAACUUACUUGCAGUUAUCCCUGGGGGUUCGUCUGUGCCACUGAUUCCAAAGAACAUAUGUGAUGAUGUGCUGAUGGACUAUGAUGCCCUCAAGGCUGUGCAAUCUGGUUUAGGAACUGCAGCUGUGAUUGUGAUGGACAAGUCAACUGACGCUGUGGACGCAAUUGCAAGGCUCUCUUACUUUUACAAGCAUGAGAGUUGUGGCCAGUGUACACCUUGUAGGGAAGGUACAGGAUGGCUUUGGAUGAUCAUGGAAAGAUUGAAGGUUGGAAAUGCAAAACUGGAGGAGAUUGAUAUGCUUCAGGAACUAACAAAGCAGAUUGAAGGGCACACAAUAUGUGCGCUGGGCGAUGCUGCUGCUUGGCCUGUUCAGGGUCUUAUCAGACACUUUAGGCCAGAGCUUGAGCGGAGGAUUAGGGAGCGAGCAGAGAGGGAGUUAUUGGAGGCUGCUGCUUGAGUUCUCUCCAUUCAGGGAAAUAUUCAGUGCCCUGAUUACAGAAUAAAAAACUUCGAAGUUACUCGCAAAAUGGCAUGUUUCCCUUGUGCUUUGUAUGUACUGAUUAUGGCUGCUCCAGAGAUUUAUUUGAUAUUGUUAAUCCUAAUUAUCAAAUUAAUGCCUCUUGAUUCUUGACCUUGGAAGACAGCUCUUAAUAUACUCAAAUGUGGAUGCUUCAAGCAGCUC